AUGCCUAUGAUGAGCUCGACCUCGACCUCGAGCGCUGAGUCCCCGAUCCCGAUCCCGAUCGUGUUCGAUGUGCUCGGGACGUGCUUCUCGUUCGAUCCGGCGAUUGACGCCGUGCGCGAAUUGUUCCCGGAAAAGUUCUCCUCCGAAGCGCAUGCGAGAUCCGUUAUCGACGAUUGGUUCCAUUCGAGUCAGAGGGACUUUACUUGUCAGUGUUGGCAGCGUGUGCAGUGGUCGUCGUUUGGUUUGCGCUGAUGAAGGCGACUCACUCGCUUCGACACCGGCCCCACUUGGCUCACGGUGGUCCGUAUUUGCCAACAGACUUGUCAAUGAAUGGUGGCUACACGUGGGUUACAACCCGUACAAGUCGGUCCCUUUCAGAGAGAAGGCUGAUCAACGGUGGUCUGCUCCCCACCCCCCACCUCAUGACGGCGCAGUCCGAUCGCGCAAAUCCUCAAAGCGACCCUCCCUCGCGUACUGCAGAUGAACCAAAUCACCACCACGACCCUCACCCAAGACGAUCUCGCCCCCGUACUCUCCAUCAUCCCUUCCUUACCACCCCGUUCAAGUUUGGUCGAGUGCUCGGCCCUGCUCCUCGCGGCUGAAAAACCUUCGUUCCAACCCAUGGCUGCGACCAAUGGCGCGCACAAGACUACGAGGGCUUUGUACAAAGCCGCUCUCGGAGAGCAGGAGGCGGACAAGUGGAUGUAUUUCAGUUGCGAUGAGAUCGAGGUCGCUAAACCGGCGCCGGUCGUGUACGAGGCCAUUUGGGAGCGGUUGAGAAGUAAAGCGCUCGGCAAGGACGGAGGGUGGUUUGUGGCGAGUCAUACGUGGUCAGUCAAGGGUUGGAUGAUGGAUUGAUGAGCCAACCGGGACCUCAUGUGGGUCGAAUGAAUGAUGGCGUGCUUGACAGGGAUCUUUACGCGGCAAAGAAGGCUGGGUCCGUCGCUCUGAAAGACUUUCGCGUCACCCCAUCACUGAGAUUCCAUCUGACGCCCAGAGUUCCAUCGAUGUCCACAGAUUCAAGACAGCCUGGACAUCGUACGAGGAACACGAUCUCGCUUCGGACGUGUGGGGUCGGCCGGACGUCAUUGGUGCCGAUCUCGUCGACGUCGCCAAGCAAAUCAUCGCAUGGGAAACAAAGAAGGCCUCUUCGAGAUCCACGGCGCAGGAUUGA